GCUCAUAUUUCAGCCUGUUUUCAGCCUCACAAAAGGAUCCAGGCCCGUUUCUAGUCCUCCACACGCACCCGGACACUCCACGGAGCAACAAGUCUGCGUGAAAAAGCACUAAAAGAACAUUUUAAGGAUGUGUUUUUGAGGAAAUCCCCCCACAGCGGCUCCAGAUUGAACAUGCUGCAGGUUGUAUGACUGACAGAUAUGGGUUCAGUGAGAUCACAUCUGCAGACUCUGACUGUGGUAACAGUCUUCUUUUUGCUUUCUUUGAUCAUCGAAGUGGUGAAGUCGGAGGUACGUGGGAAAGCGGGAGGUGUGGUGGAGCUGGAGUGUCGUUUCCCUCCUUCAGACCCAGCUGUGUCCUCCACCUCCCCUCAUGUGGUGGAGUGGGUUCGACAGGGACUUGACAUCCCUGUCCUGAUCAAAUUUGGAUCCUAUGCCCCCCGUGUGCAUCCAAAGUAUGAAGGGAGAGUAUCUCUGGUACGAAUCACCGCCCUCAGGCUUCAGGCCCUGCAGCUGGAUGACCAGGGCUCGUACGAGUGUCGAAUCCUCUUACUGAAUAAACCCACGGAUGAGCUCCGAAACGGCACAUGGACGCAGCUCUCUGUAACCGCCCCUCCUGUCUUCAGUAAAGCCCCGCCUCCCAUCCUGGAGGUCCUGAUUGGACGCCCGCUAUCACUCAUUUGUGUCGCUAAUGGCAACCCAACACCAACCAUUACCUGGCUAAAAGAUGGCAUAGUAAUUCAACAGGACGGGGUCUUAUCAGUGCGAGCAGCGAGCAUGCAGUCAGCAGGACAGUACACCUGCCACGCCUCCAACUCGGAGGGAAACGUGACUCGCGUGACAACAGUGAAGAUCAAAGGCCCACCCGUCAUCGUCAUCCCUCCCAAAAACACCUCCCUCAACAUGUCUCUCAACGCUCUCCUCCAGUGCCAGGCAGUGGCUGAUCCGCCCAACAUGACCUACGUGUGGCAGAAAGGAGGAGACAACGUCUAUCACAUUGAGUCUCUCAAGUCACGCAUCAAGAUCAUGGUAGAUGGAACUCUACUCAUCUCCAGUCUCAUCCCAGAGGAUUCUGGGAGGUACACCUGCAUACCAACCAACGGCCUCCUGACCCCACCCACAGCAUCUGCCAACCUCACAGUGAUGCAUCCAGCCAAGGCUCUUGAAAUGCCUGAGGAAACAUACCUUCCCACCGGUAAAGACGGCAUUCUCACCUGUCCAACAGCGGCUCAGCCUCCUCUGCUCCGAGUGGACUGGGUGAAGGACGGAGAACCCCUGGACCUGUCAUUGUAUCCAGGAUGGACCUCAACAGCGGAAGGCUCGUUGUUAAUAGCAACGGUAAAUGAUGAUGCAGCUGGUGUGUACACAUGUACUCCAUAUAACAGUUAUGGCAGCAUGGGCUCAUCAGCGCCGACGAACGUGAUUCUUCAGGACCCCCCAUCAUUCAGUGUCACUCCAGAGGCGCAGUAUAAACAGGAGGUCGGCAGGACGCUGCUCAUCCCCUGUCGAGGAAACCACGACCUGACGGUCAAAGUGACCUGGAGCAAGGUUGACCUGGUUCGCCGUACAUCAUACUCCAUAGAGCCCAACGGUUCUCUGUUGCUGCAGCCGGUUUCAAAGGACCACCAGGGGGCGUGGGAGUGCAGAGCCGCCAACCGCGUCGCCUCGGUGAAAGCUAGAACACUGGUCUUUGUCCUGGGCACCAGUCCCCAUGCUGCUUCCUCCCUGUCCGUCUCUCCAGGGGUGAAGCAGGCCAACGUAUCCUGGGAGGCAGGCUUUGAUGGAGGAUCAGCACAGACAUUUUCAGUUUGGGUGAAGAAGAUUUCAGCGAGUGAUAAUGAUGUGGGGAAGCAGGACUGGUUUUCUGUUCCUGUGUUGUCGUCCUCCGGUACCAGUCUGCAGGUGACGGGCCUGGAACCGGCCACCGAAUACCAGUUCAGCGUCCUGUCGCACAACAAAAUGGGCACGGGGCCCUUCAGCGAGAUUGUCGCCGCUCGGACCCUGGAUCUUGUGCCAAGGAAAAGUAAACCGAAGCCCCCGGUGUCGCUGUGGGCCGACCGGGGCCCUGCAGGUGUGGUUCUGCAGUGGUCCCCCCCCGAGGCUCAGCACCCCCCCAUCACCGGCUUCGUCCUCCAGUCCCGCGCCGAGCAGGGGGAGUGGUUUAAUUUAGACGAAGACAUCAGCGCCAACAGCAGCGAGAUAGUGGUUCCGGGUCUGCACAAGGACUGUGUGUACGAGUUGCGGCUGCUAUCUCGUCGCGGGGAGUUGCUGAGCGAGCCCAGUCCAUCAGUCAAUGUCUCCACCGUGGGGAUGGAGAUCUACCCUGCCACGUCCCGUCUCCUGGAGUUCGUCCCGGAGCCAUUACUGGCUGGCGUCCUGGGCGGGGUCGGCUUCAUGUGUUUGGCGCUGGUCUUGCUGCUGGGGUCGGCCUGUGUCAUCAGCCACAAGAGGGACCGGCGCUGCAGAAACAGGAGAGAUGAGCCUCCUCCUACCAUCUAUAAACGCUCCCCAUCAAUGAAGACUUCAGGCAGCAGCAGUCCAGACAGCGUGCUGAAGAAAACCCUCCUCUAUCCAACCACUUCCUCCACCACUACCACCUCCUCCUCACAGACCGACUGUUCCUCUUACAGCGCCGAGAAUAACCACAGACGCAAGCGCCCUAUCUCUGACUACACUAAAGGUCGUCUUACUAGGACAACAUCCAUUCCAAUUUCCCCUCCGAUUGAGAUGAUCUGCCGCGGUCCAGAUGGACGGUUCAUGCUGCCGCCAUACGACCAUGACGCACUGAGUGUAAACAGCAAAAAAAGUGUGGGAUAUGACCUUUCACUUCCUGCUAGUGUCCGGAGGUCAGUUUCAUUGCGCUCAGAGAGAGAAGAUCAGAAAGAGCCAGCAUUUGUGCUCUCUGUUGAACUCCCGCCUUGCAAACAAUUAGAGGCCACUCCAAACCAAAGCUAUCCAACUGAUCCAUAUCAUCCCCAUCACAACAUUUUGGAUCAGAAGAAAAGUUACGAUGGCUUUCCCGACUUCAGCAGCCUCUGUUCUAACAGUAGCUUAGCCACCAUUCCGCACCCAAGCCCGUCAUUUCCUGUACUCCCGCAUAUUCGAUCGGGCCUCGGUCAACCGUCGACGACCGCCAGCGCCCUGGUGCUUCAGAUGGAGCAUGAAAGGGAAAGGGGGAACCUCAGUCACUGUCUGAAGCUGGCUCAGGAGAGGGAGGAGCUGGAGAGGGAGCUGAGGAAGUACACACUUGAAAGAAAGUCGACAAGAGAAGCAAGGAGGGGGAUGGAAGAUGUGGAGCUGCAGGAGGGGAAUGUAAGGAGAGAGGAUGGGAAAUAUAAGAGCAAAACCUUGCCUCACAGAUACCCCCAUAGCAGCAAGGAGAACUUGAGGCUGUCUUCAAGCCCUUUCUCCUCAUCCUCGCUCCACUGGGAAGAUCAUCGUCUUGUCUCCCCACCUACUCUGACCCAUUUAGGUGUGUCUCAUUUUACAAACCAGCAUCCGUCGCUCACCAAACAGACCCCCCUCCAACCCGAGGAGGCAGACAGUUUUUCCAAAGACAGAUUUACUCUCCCACAUCUCUCCUCAAAGCACCAGAAACAUGAAAGGAUGGAGGCAGCACCAGAGGGUUAUGAUAAUUCACCACAAUCCACAGUCUUAGAAAUGCAAACGAAUGAUUCAUACUCGGAGGCCUGGAGACGGAACAAUCUUAGUCGUGGCAGCCUUUCAACGUUGUCUUUCCAUACCAAUAAAUAUACUGAAAGAUCUAAUUCAGCACUCGGUUCGCUGCCAGACUCUUCAAAAGCGGAGGUAGUGUUCCCCGAGCCCACUGAUGAAGACGUGUGCGUGGAGAUGAGCGUGGAUGAGCCGGAGUUUGAGAUAUGCGUGGAGGAGCAGCCCACAAAGCCCAUGCUGCACCACAGGAUUGCCUCUCAUGUGCAGCGCGGGUGUUCGCUGACUCAGAAAGGCCAAGAUGUGAGGAGGAGCAAAAGCUUAAAUAGCCGGGACUGUUUUAUCAGGACCCCGUCAUCUCCACAACCUCCAGAAACGGACCUCUGGAGUCGCAACCGUUUAAAGAUGCUGGACUCUAAGCAGCGAAGUCGGAGUCUAGACUCUAGAAGGCGGAAGGAGAGGGACUUUUUGACUCCUGAUGCGUGGAUAAACUCUCUCAGCCAAGAAAACUGCUCGGAUGCAUCUUCCAAUCGGCCGCACUCUCUGGUGUGGGAGCCCAGGAACUCUCCUCCCAGGAAGAUGUCAAAAUCUCCUGGAAAUCCUCCAUCUACUUCCUGUAACUCAUCUCUGCUGGUUGAUCCAGAGAGGUUUACACCAAAUCACACUGUGCCUUGCGAGUACGAACCAAGAAGAGGGGCCUGGAGUGUCACCAAAUGGCCGUUCGACUACCAGGAGGCCAUGAGGGAAGCAGGGCGAUACUUGGAGGCCAUGACUAGCUCCUCAGGGUGUUUUCCAUUUGACGACAAUGGAACCAGCGACCACGAGGUAGACACAAGAGGCUACGAAGGCGUACCGGAGUCCGGGGGGAGCUACAGCAGCUAUGCCAGCAGCGGACGAGGCAGCAUGGAACCCGCCAACGGGCGCCUGUCGAUGUGUCACAUCUCACCGACGCUCAUCACCUCACCUGAGAUGGAAGAGGAACGCCAGAGUUUCUCAGAGGACACACACAGCGACCGAAUGGAACCAAGCCAAAGGAGAAAAGCUUCCGUCGAUGAGAACUAUGAAUGGGAUGCCGCCGACGUCUGCCUUCAGCCUGGAGACCAAGAUGGCCUGCUGCCUUCGCUGAAUCUCCAGAAGCCGGCUCUGUGCUGUAGCAUUCCCAGCAUGCACUGCUCCACUACGGCACUGAAAAAUUGCACUCAGCUCCCGGUGCUCGCGGGACAUCAAAGCAGCUGCUCUGCUGAGCCAGAACCAGACACCGUGCUGUUCUGACAGCGCCCGCCGUCGGCUCAUCUCACCUGGAUUCUCUGCCAAUCUGCCGAUUUCUGAGCGUUUCACAGUGUCGAUGGAUUCGUGGCGUUCCUCAGUGGAGUGCGACACGCAUUCAUCAUUCAGCGAUGACUCAGUGGCCACACCAGGGACGAAAAGAUCUCAGUCAUCAUCAAGUUGGCGGUGGAUGAUGAAGUUUUAAGAUAUCAUCCAUCACCUUAGAGUUUUUACAAAAAAGGUGUUAAAUGAAAUGCCAGCAAAUAAGGAAGAUAAAUAAUAUGAAAAACGAUGAUCCUAUUUUUCAAUAGUCUGAAAGUCUAACAGUGUAAUUUCCCAGCAGAGAUCAUUAUCUGCUUUUUGCUCUUAAAGUAGUGCGUAUGUUCACUUCCAGAAAUCUACUCGGUCUGAAUCAGAGCGUUUCUUUGCUCUUUAGGGCGUCUCCUCCAUCAGCGAAGCGAAGCCUCUCAUUACGCUCAGUAAUUGAAGAGGGUCGAGUCGGCUUCAGGGGUUUGUCCUUGUUUAUUUUUCAGACAUAAAGAUAAAUUAGCUUUUGUUAUUCUGACUUUAUUCAACUAAAGGUCUGUUCACUCACUGUUUUUUUUAAAUUAUUAUUCUUUUUCCCAACAUGUCAGUAACAGCUGGUUAAUACUCCGUUGUCACAUUCACUCCUGGAGGCUCAUUACGGUGGAAACACCAAGCUCAUGAAAUCAACAAUCAAUGCAAAACGUCUCCUCAGAACCAUUAUUUAUUAGCUUUUAAUUGAUCAUAUUAUCCCUUAAGGAUGCAAUGUAUUCAUUUAUUUGUCCAUUGGUUUAAAAAGACCCAUAGUAUAUGUUAAAAAAUGUCUUGUUUUGCUCGACCAACAGUCACAAAACUAGCCCAGAUUCAGAAAACCUGCAAAUGGAUGUUAGAUGGAAAAUGGGGUUUUAAGAAAAACAAAUAGCCACAGAAACUAUAUUUCAUGAAUCAAGGUUUUUGCUUUGUGAAAAGGAGAAAAUGAAAUUGUUGCUCCCAAGACCUUUUGUAUCCAAAACGCAACAUGUUUGCAACAACAUCCAAAUGGAUUUUUCUCCCAAUUUAACCUUUUCUAAGCAAUUUAUCACCGUUUAAUAUAUUAUCAUCAUCUGCAUUUUUCAUUUUUCAGCAUC